AUGAGCUGGAAGAGGUCAAAGAGAGAGAAAGACCAUGCGCAAAGGAAGGACACCCAGUUUGUCAUGUUGAUUGGAAGCUAUAAUUUCGGAAUGUUUGAUAUCCACUAG